AUGCCUUCUCAGGACAGUUCCACUCCACACCAGCCCCGAUCCCGUGCCAAACAGGCGUGUCUCCACUGCAACCGCCGGCGCAUCCGCUGCAAUGUGCAGGAGACAUGCCCGUGCCACAACUGCAUUGCCACAAACGUUCCCUGCACGAUUGGCGUGUCAAAACGGGGAAAGUACGCCCGUAAGAAGACUGUCCGACACACUCCCAAGACCUCGGCGCCUUCGCAUUCGCAUUCACCUUCAUCCCACAUCAUCAAAGACAGCAAAGGACCCUCAUCACUAGCAAAUGAACAGCACGAUCUAUCACACAUAGAUUACCUCGGCAAUUCCAUGGCCCCGCUGAUAUCCGACCAUGCAGACGACACUCACCAGACCGUCUUCCUGGGCGAGUCCAGCCCCCUCACCGUCGUCAUCGACGAGGGCCAUCACGCAUCCCCAGACACAUGGACCACCACCACCACUUCACAGACCCGUCUCUGUUACCCCAUCCCCGGGCGCUCAAAUGUCUCGCACGCGCGCGACGAAGCCCUCCGCUUUCGCAAGCUGCGAACAGAACACCAACUCCAAGCAGACGGCGCAUUUUCCUUCCCCUCACCGAGUACCUGUGCACUCCUGCUACAAGAGUACUUCAACUGGUUCCACCCGGCCGUUAGCCAUGCGUCUUGAGGGACCUGCGGCCGUUCCACCUGAUCUGCAAUCCGACUCAUUGCACCCGAUUUAUCCGUCCCCGAAACUGCCAACCGGGGAUGACCCUGUGCAGCACGGGGAUGGGUUAUUCAAUUUCGACGCGGACUAUACAGAUAU